AUGGAGAAGUUAAGAAGCGCGAUGAAGAGAAUAUGCUCCCAGCUGAAUAGCGACAGUGAGAAGGAGAUCGAAAGAGGACUAAAAAGCCUGUAUGGGCUGAUAAAAAAUAAUGGACACCUCGCUGAGGAAGAUUACAACGUGUGUGUGGAUGUUUUAAUCGAAAAUAAAUACCUCGAUGUGAUAAUUUUUGUCUUAUCCUUGGAGGCUGCGAAAACUAAGGGAACCAAGUCAGUGCACAACAUUAAUCUGAGAUAUGUUGAAAUAAUUUUUUAUAGUUUCAAUUGGCUCCUUCGGAACAAGUUGGGGAAAAUACACCCGGAUGAUGAGUGCCAAAAAAAGUUUGUCACAUCGGAAGCCUUCCGAAAUGUAGGUCUUUUCCUCUGUGAACAAAUCAACCUUCUCGAAAUUUCCAUUUUGAACAACUUCAGUUAUAACCGAAUAUUUAUUUUAAAUGUCAUUCUGUACCUUUUCCUUUUCCAUGAGAAGUUUCAUUUUGUUCUUCGUUCCUCCUCGUUGUUAUUAAAUUUGAUUGAAUUGAAAAAGAAUCUCAAAACUGUUUCCGAGUUGAAGCGGAAAAAUGAGUUGACCCAUUUAGAGGACAGUGAGGAGGAGCUGGAUGACGAGAUUGACGACAAAGUGAAGGGGGCACAGCGGGAGAUCCUUGAUGGCGAGGAAGAUCAAAGUGUUCCAAUGGGGGAUGAGUCCAUUUUGGGAGAAGACUCACAAGAUGACGACAAAUCAGCGGAAGGGAACUCUCGUGAUACAAAGAAGGGGUGCACGAACCACCCCACAGGUGAUGUCUACAUCAAAGAGGACGAAACUCUUCUUUGCAGUUACAAUUUUCAGAACGAAGUGGUACUCCUAUAUAAGCACUUACUGAACAGGGGUGCUGUAGGGGGAGUAGCAAAUGAGAGGGAAAAAAACGGGAGUGUGGAAAAUUUCGAGUUUUACGCAGAAAUGCUAAUAAAGAAGAAAAACGGAAAAACGAAAAUGUUUAAAGAGAGAAUUGUAGAUAGGGAAAGGGGGAAGAAAAAAAGAACAAAGCGAAGUAGACGUGACACAGAUGAGGAUAAUCCGAAUUGCAGAGCCGUCAGCAAGGACGAUUUCGAAGCAGUGAGGGUGGCGUUCUUAGUCAUGUGUGCAUACUGCUACUUAGAUAGCACCAGGAGCGACAGAAUACACACCUAUUUCCACACGAUCUGUGAGGAGAUACGCAAAAUAUACUGCAACAGUGGGGAAACGCUACGACACUACAUUAUUCUGUGUCUUUACAAAAUUUUGGAGAAAAGUGAGACAUAUAAAAAUAUGAACGUUUUUUUUAAUGUGAUAAAAUUGGUGGGAAUUUUCUUCAAUGAUGUACAGAGUGAGAUGGACACGACGGUGCUGUUUUUUAUAAACGAGUUGUUAAAGAGGAGGAAGUUCAGCGAAAUAUACAAAAAUGCGAAGUUUAAUUGUAAUUGUAUCUUCCUUUUGAAGUGUUCGUAUGGAGAGGAGAAUGAAGAAGGGCAGGAAAAAAGGAAGGGAAAAAAAAGGCCUUCUCCAUCCGGCUCUUCUCAUUCCGCAUCCUCGUAUUACCUAGCCGUAAAUUGCAACAGGAAGGACAGGGGAGGUGAUCUAUCCAACAUGUAUGGUGAUUUGCUCGAUGGCAUCACAAAAAUGCAAAGUAAAAAGUACGCACAAGCGAGAAAUCAACUGUUCGUGAUGGGAAUACAAAAAAGAGACCUUCGUCGAAUCUGCCUCAUCUUCGCAAACCUAGAAAUGUAUAUAGCCACUUGCAUCAGAGAAACGAAGCAGUACUUAAUCACGCGCUAUGUGAAAGAAGAGGAGGAAGUUAUUCUGUUGAGAGAUAAGUCCUACAAUGAUGAAAAGCAAAUCCAGAAUAAAGUGAAUAAUGCUUUCCUCUCUUUCUUAACCGACUUAAAAAUAAAAUUUUUUAUUAACCAUUACAUUAUUGUAAUCAGUAUAGAAAAGUACCAGCAUUUUAUUAACCUCUACUAUGGCAGCAGCAAACUGCAGGUUUUAACAUGUGACGACAACCUGUUUUUGUUUCUGCUUCUCUUCGUUGAUGGGAGCACCAGAAGUGGUACACACCCAGGUGAGGACAGACCGGGACUGUGCCACGAUGAAGGGGCCAUUGCACUCGCGACAAGUGAGAGGAAGAGAAAAAUGAGCAACGAGGCAUCAAGCGAUGAGAAGGGGGAUAAUUUGAGAAGGAAGAAAAAGAAACUAGAAAGCUGCAACAGUCAGUUAGUAAACAACAACUGCGUGAACAAAUCGGGAGAAACUCCCCCCAGGAUGCUGCAAUACAGGUAUUCGUACCAAAGUGUCAAUAACGAAGUGGUGCGAAAUAUCAAUUUUUUACAGCUAUGUGGUGAGGUAAUUCAUUACAAAGUAUUUAUAGAAUUGUACGACGCGGUUAAAGAGGGGUCUACAGAGAACAGUGAAGGAGCGAUAAUCGAUCCAAAAGUGGUGAUGCAAAAUGUGAAAGAAGCCAACAAUUAUCUGCAUCAUUUGGAUAACGAAUUAAAUUACAAGAAAAAAAUUGAAGAAGUUUUGUUUUUUUUCAUCCCCAUGAAUGUUACCAAGUAUAUUGUAGAAAUGUUCACCAAGAGAGAUAAGCACAAUUACUACAAUUAUUUUAUUAUGUGCUACUUGCAUUACACCUUCGAAAUUUACAAAUGCGUUUCCAUGUUUGUACUGUCCCUGGAUUCGUUCCUGCCCUUCCCACAAGGGGUGAACAAAAUCGUUUUGAUGAACAGCAUAAAGGAAGAUCUAUCCCUCUCUUUUUACAACCUCGUUAGUUCAUACUACCUGUUCGACAUUGCCUAUAUAAAUAGGUACAUUAUAAAUGAGAUUAAGGGGUCGAAAAAUAAUGAGGUGUGUAGGGGGGAUACCCGUGAUAGCGGGAACUGUGCCAAAAGAAACAAUCUACCAGGUGCAGGCAGCACUUUGGAAGCCGACCCUCUUCAGGACAGCGACUCCGAUGACUACACCUUUAACAUCGGCGCCAGGGACCAUGAGAUAGUGAAUACGAGAAGUGAAAAAAAUCAGGAAAAACGCGAGGACAUCCUUCAGUUGCACUACUUCCUGAAUGACGUCCACAUAAAUACGGACAAUUUGUACGUGUACCAUUUUGUGCUAGUGACGAAUUUUAUCAACCUCUUCGACGAUUACGAGUUGAAGAAAAAAUUAUUAAAUGAGCUGUACAGUCAGAAGAGAAUUAUAGAAGUAAGAAACUUUGAAUUGUUUGCAAAUGUUAACGAGAAUGUGUACAAGAUAUUCCUCAAGUUGUUUUUUGAGAAGUGUUAUUUCCCCCUCGAAAGUUACCAUUUGUUGGAUAAUUUGUUUUCCAUUUUGACCUACUACAAGAAGAAUGUGCUUUCACCACAGGAGGAAUACGCGUCAGAUGUGCAGCAGGCGUUUUACUCCUUCGUGGAGACCCUUAUACACAAAAUGCUGAGGAAGACGAAAUUUUUCGACUCCUCUCAUGUGGAUGAUGUGCUUUUGUUUUUGAAUUUUUUGAGGGCCAUUCGUAGCUUGCGCCAGUUCGUCAUUGCGCUGUCCGUUUUUUGUCGCCUCUUUAACUUGCAUAGAAGUAGGGCGGUGCACCUUGAUAGCGGCGCACCUAAUGAAGCUGUCUGGGAAGUUUCCAUGAAAGCCGCGGGGAAAAGUACAAACGAAUUCCGAAAGGAGAACCCGCUUAGGAGCGAAUCCUCCCCCUUUUUCAGCCUCCUAGUAGAGCUGUUCUUCACGAGCAACCUGAAUUUCGCGCUGAAAGGAAUACCAAUUAUGAAGGUCAUCAAGGAGGAGAAGCAAAGUAAAGGAGGAGCCGGCGAUGUGUUCGAUUACACCCUCGAGGACAUCGUACAGGUGUAUGUAAACUACCUGGAUUAUGUAAAAUAUGUUUUGUUGUUGAACCCCUAUGUUUAUCCUAGCCUGAGAGAAAGGUUAAAGAACCAGAUAAGUUUAGGCGAACUGUUUUGUGCGUUUACCAGGAAGAAGGACUUUUUACAAACUGAGGACAACCUCUGUGAUAGCGAAGGGGGGGCAAGUACACCCAGCAACGCUACCGCGUUUAAUCCAUCAAGUGAGAAGCCACAAUCGGGUGUAACCAACAUGGUGGAAGAGUCCAAAGAGAAAGUAGCAUAUGAGAACGAAUCGAACAAGCAGAAGGCUGCCUUUGUCAGUUUUGCAACAUUUUUACAAAGCAUAGAUGGCUUCUUAUGGCAAGUUGAGAAGGUUCAGCUGGGGCAGAAAAUUUCAGGCGAGUACCAGGAAGAAAUAAGACACCUCUGCAGUGAGGUACAGAAAAAGGGUGCCACUGACGAGGCAAGUAAUAAUCAAAGUGGUUCCUUCUUUUUUGUGCAAAAAAGUGGUAAUCCUGAGAUUGAUAAGGUCAUUCCAAAGAAGGGUGAAACCCUGUUGGAGAUUUAUUUGCAACAUAAUAACGUUACGUUUUAUUACACCAGCGUAGAUCACCUGGAGGGGACGAAGAAAAAAUGUGAAGAAGCUGAACUGCUACUUUACAACCUGUGCAAUGUUAGCACUCUCAUAGUUAAUUAUUUUUUCACCACUUAUGUGUACUUAAAUGGGGACGGUAAUGUUCACUCAAACACGCUGCUACAUUUGAUUGACAAAAUCAGCAAAACGGUGGAUGCGUUCCUUGCCAUGAGUGCCAGUGUAAAUACAAAGAUUCAUGCAUUUGUAGAACACACAAGAAGGUACGAAGAUGUUCAGAAUGUAAUCGCUAGUUGUGGAAGUAGAAAAGAACAGGGGGAUCCAAAAUAUGACACAAAUAAUUUCUUUCAAGGGGUGCGUAAUUUAAGUAGAUCCAUGUGUUCUUUAUUUGUUCAUAUUUUUAAAAAUGGAUUAUUUGUAAAGUUAUUGGAUCAUUUGAAGAAGGGACUUGAAACGAAUCGUGUCGCUGUUUACCACUUCGCGCAUCUUAUCCUUUGUUACGUGCAUAAGAGCAUCCUACUGUUUAAUUUAAAAAGGGAGAGGUAUAAGAAGUCGGUGGGAGAGAGCCUUGUUCGUUUGAUCCAUAUCAUUGCGGAACAGGACACACACAAGCGGGACGAACAAAUUAAGGGGAAAUUAUCCCUCAUGAUUCUGUCCUUGCUGCAGAUGUUAGACGAGAAGGAAUGUUUUAUGAAGAAGUUAAUAGUGGGAAACACUUCCUCUAAGGGUCACAGUAACCAAACUGAAAAUGAUCCAAAUGGGGGAGAGGAAGUCAUGGCUAACUGCAGAUCCUUUCUUUUGAAACAUAUCGCUCUCUUUUUCGCCAACCUUAUGCGUAUCGAAAAGGAGAGAAACGGUUUGAAGGUUGGACUAAAAAAUGGCAUGAAACGUAUGCACCGAAGAGGCGCCACCGCGGUGCCUCUACUAAUUGACACCAUUACGCAAGACGAACGUUUGGAAGGCGAAACGAGCGACAUCCUAAAUGAGCUGUGCAAGUUGUACGUUAAGAAAUGGUACGGCGAUAGCGGUUGCCCGUUGAGUUGCACCAUUGUGGAAAGAAUUAUUCGCCACGGCAUCAGGGGGGGGGGAAAUGGCACCUCCGAUAGAAGCACCGCCCAACAUUGCUUUUUUCGGGGCAUCAAAAACGAGCGAACACAUUUGCAACGGCGCGGGGAUGUCGAGAGAGAAGUAGAAGCGCAUGUCCUCCAGAAGUACGUGGCCCUUUUCGAUUUGAAGGCCCUCCCAGAGGAAGCAGCCUGUAACAGCACCAAGGAGAAUCACAUUUUUAUGAUUUUUCUUUACUUGAUGGAAAAUAGGUAUACCCCUCCGCUGUUCGAUCAAAUUGAUAUGCACCGUCUAGAGAGCGUAACGCACGAAGAAGUAUUUAAGCUGCCUCGAAAAAAUUUCUCAGCCAUGCUAGCCGAAACUUAUUUGAAAAAAUUCGCACACGCAUACAGAUCUGUUUAUAGAAAGCGAAACAGAAUUAGCUUUCUGUUGUUAAGCACGAAGAAGGUGAAAAAUAAAAAUUGCCUAUUUAUAGCUUUAUCGCUUUUGUACUUUUUGGGAAACCUGCUAAGUAGAAAAGAACGAAUGCGACAACUGCUUCGAGAGUACGGAAAAGACGUCGUGAGGAGAAUAUGCGAAGUCGCAUUCUUCUACUUUUAUGGCUACUUUUACAAAAAUGACAUUCCAAAGGGUGAGUGUAUGAUGAGGUGCUACGAAAGAGUCACGUUUUUUGUCUUCAAAGGGGUUUUUAAAAGCUUGAAAAGGGGCGGAAGAGAAGAUGAAGCUGGGCGUAGAAAUAGUGGCGGCACUGCCCCUGGAGAGAACCAAAACGGAUUCGUUAGAAAUCCCGCAGCUGGUCGCGAAGAUUGGAGGGUACUCAAUUCUCUGGAAAAAAGCAGUCACCCCACCCAACGUGGUAAUAACGACGUCGUUAACCAUGGAGGAAAUAGUGGCGACACGAUACAUAACGAGAGUUUCACAAAAGACACGUUAAGAAGAAGAAACGAUUAUUGCAUUUUGCUAGUUCUACUUUUGCAAAUGCUAAACCAGAAUGUGGGGAAAUUUAAGCUGGAAAGGAUGGUAGAUGGCCAUCUUUGCGAUCUUCUAACUGACUUAGCGUUCUGUGGAAGAGGGAAGAAGAAUCAUUUUUACUAUGAAAAUGCAAUGAAGGACUACAUGUACAUUUCUAGUGAGAACGAUGUGGGUGAGCUGAAAAAGGGCAAAAAAGUGUAUGCCAUUUUUUACGCCUUCUUUUUGCUUCUCAAAUAUGUGAAGUUAAGAAACGAGGGCGUGCUAAUGUUGGUCGAGGCCUUUUUCAGAGAUGCCCAUGUAGGGAGGCUGAUUGUGCAGCAGUUGGAAGCCUUUAGGGGCAAACGAGGGGUUGGGAAAACCACCCAUGGGGGAAGCAAUGAUAAAUGUGAUGAUGAGCACGGUGAUAAGCGCAGUGGUGAGCGGAAUGAUGAGCGCAGUCAUGGAUGCCAUGGCGGAAGAAAGAACGCCCUCCUGUUCAUCCUAAAACUGGUAAAAAUAUUCUACGAAGAAUGGUAUGACCAGCGCAGAGAGAAGGAAUCCCAAACGCAAGCCAUAUGUUUGAAAACGCUAAACAGGGAUCUAUUCAACGGACUGAAGAAAGCAUACAGAUAUACCCUCGAAAGUGUGGAUGUCCACAUAAGAAGCAUUUUCUUCGUUGACAUUUCGCAUUAUUUGAAGUCGGUCACGAUGGAGAGCAUUCUGGACAAUAAGCUAAUCGAUGAAGUGUUGAAAUUUAAAGAAUUUAAUUUAAAUAAUGAUGGUAACCACGAUUGGCUGAAUAUGAACACGAGCAUGCUGAAUAAGACGUGCCUUUACUUUUAUAUGAAUGAAAAUGUGCGCAGGAAGUUGGAAAGUGAGGAGAACCACUUUUUGUUUUAUCUGAAUAUGAACAGAUCAGGGCACAGCGAAUGUUGCGAAAGGGAAAUUUACCGAUCCGGGGAGGAACUUAACCACGAAGCGUUCCGCAACGGUGGUGCAAAUGAUCCCAGUGGUGUCCAAUCGGAUGAUGAGCAGCUAAGAAGGCAAAAAAGACUCCAGAGUGAUUACUACCACACAGACUGGGAGAUGAAAAAAGGAGAACUCCUGCUGAAGCUUUACAGGACGAAACUCCCUCAUUGCAUAAUGAGCCAAAAUGAAUAUAUGAAAAGGGAAGCCUUCUUUUUAGCACAUAGAAUAAAGUUGGAAGAUAAUAUUUAUGAUUACCUCUUUUUGCUGUGCUUAAUAGUUAGCAAGUUGAUUUUUUGCUUUGUGUUGAUGGCGGAAAAGUUGAGAAUUUUUUUUUAUCACUUUAGAAUUUUGUACACGUCGUACCGCCAUGAGAAUGUGUUUUUAAAUUUUGACUUGCUAAAUAUGCAGGAGAUUAAUAGGAAGAUAAAGAACUACAUAAGGAAGUACCCAGAUAUUCAUUUCUAUAUAGACUAUGACAACAACGAGGAUGAGGACAGAGGAGGGGCACACGGCGGGGGCAGUCUGGUUGGCGAUACUCUGGGGGAUUUCUCCGGCACAUAUCAUGGCAACAAUGGCGAAACGGAUCCACACAACAGUUAUAACGGAGGUAUGCACCGGACGAACGAACACACAAAAAGAGACUUCCCCUUUGGAAGUUCCAACAAACUUAUCUCGUACGACGAAGAAAAGGAACACUUUUACCAUUUGAAGAAAAACGAGAAAAAUAAUAGCAACUGCAAGUUCUGUAUCAAAUUUAAAGAAAUUCACAGCGUGAACAGAUCCACAAGAAUUUUAGAUCUAAUGGACAAGGAGGAAAAGACGAAUAUCAAAAAUAUGAUUUACUAUGGAAAGACCAUUCGAACGAGCAUUUUUAUGAGUAGCCCGUAUGAAGGUAACGCGUAUAAGAAUUGCACCACAUUUAGGCAGGAGCCCCAGGAAGAAGUUCAUGGGGACGUUUCAGAGGAUGGGUUUGAAAAUGGGGGGAGCGACAAGGGAGAUAGGGAUAGGAAACAGAAUGCUGUUGGCAAUGAGAGUGCCGAUGACGUGAAUGCUGACCCGGAAAACUCCUCCAAUGAGAACGGUCACCAUGAAAAUUACCAAAACGGAGUCGAGGGAAACUACACAUCAACGAGUGCCACGAAGAAGGAGAAAACUUCCGCAAACGGGAAACUGGGGAAAAUGAAGAAGAAUCACCCCAGAAGCAGCAUCAACACGGACUGUAUAGUCGACAGUAGCGAUCUACUGUACGGAAGAAAAAUGAAAGAAAUUCAUUUUAAAAAGAAUUACAAAAAAUUGCUAAAGAGAUACCUUCUUAACGAUAUUGACUUCUUUGGGAAGUGGAUAAAAAUAUUCUCCAUGAAUGCAUUGAAAAUUUUAAUAUUCUGUUUGAGUAGUAACGACGUCAUAGUGAGAAUGAUUAGCAUAAAGGGGUUGUCCAUAUUUUACCAGUUGAUUGAGAAUUCGUUUGUCCUCUAUAAAAUUAGGAAGCGAUUAAAUUCGUUUAGGAGAUCUGGAGAAGCGACUGGGGAGCUGGAAGCAGGUCACGGCGUGAUAUGGAAAAAUAGCCUUUCGCAAAGGUACCACAAUAGUGGCAGGAGUAUGCACAACAGUGGGGGUCGAAAAAAGAAGCAACGGAUGCUGGUAAUUCCCUUCAAAGAACUAUUUUAUUUGUUCUUCUUUAUGAAAAAAUUAAAAUAUUCAGUAGACCCCAAUUCGUACUACAUAAACCCUUGUGUGUCGACCUACUCCUUUUUUUUAAUAAACGAAAUUUACAAGAAAAAGGGCUUCAGGGACACUCUGAAGAAUCUGAUUAGGAACAAAACCUUUUCGGUUCAUUUUUUCCACGCGUAUCUGAAUAACCAAUUUAGGAAGACGAAUUUUACGUCGCUAAAUGUCAUCAAUUUUUUGAUGAUUUCGACACAGGCUCUUUUCUCCACGAGGUAUGACUUCAGGGGGAGCGGCCGGGAGGUCGGGGGUGAAGGCGCCCAAAACUAUGAUACAGAAUAUGCGAACAACCAACGGGGGAGUGGCCAAGAAUAUAACGGAUCAAACGGAUCUCACAGACCACAUGGAAGAUCCACUUUGCAGCAACAUGAUGAUUGGGGCUAUUCCACCCGAAAUGCAGAUUACAACACCCUGUAUGAUCAGAAUGGUGACUAUAUGGAUGACAGGCCGUACAAUGGUAGUGCAACACACGCACAACGGAAAAGUAACACCAUCGAUAGGAGCUUCUUCGCAACGUCCAACGUCAGCCACAGAAUGAUUUACGAUUUUCACAAUGAAGAUAAUGAUGUGGAAGAAGGGAAUGAGCAGAGAAACACAGUUACCAACAAAGAGGAGGAAGAGGAGACUGUGGAUAAACUGCACUACAUUCAGGGGAAUCAUAAAAAUGCAAUAAGGACGAUUAUGAACAUAUUAAAUAAAAAUAACAUUUUCGAGAUUUACCUGACCAUGUUUUUUAGUAAUUAUCUGAACUACAAUUUGUUGAAGAAGUUUUUAAUUCUGCUAGUCAUGUGUAGUGGCGUGUUGCUCCUCCAGGAUAUGGAAUUUGACUGCGUGGGGGGUGGAGACGCGAAGGAGAGGAGGCGCAACGGAGGUAGUGAUGACGACGCCGAUGAGCAUCAAGACGGUAGUGGCCACGUAUACUAUGGUGGAAGCCGCGCACAAGAGAACGCAGCACAUGGGGCGAACGCGGCCGGCGGCAUGGACCAGAACAACUGCGACGUGGCCUACUACAUCAAAAACAACCUCGUGCUGAAACUGAUAACCAGGUAUAACAUCCUGCUAUGGUUAGAUCGAAUGAUGCAUCAGAAGUUGUUCCAAGACGAAAUAGCGUUUUAUUACCCCACCUCCUUUACGAUGCCGGUGAUAAAUUUUUACGACAGAGAUUGCCAAAAUGAGAAGCUCUACGUCAGCAGCGUAAACGUGGAAGCGGAUUGCUCAGGAGGCAAAGGCGAGGAAGAAUUGGCCUCUUUCGGAAGAUGGGGUCCCUGUUAUACUUCCAACGAAAGGGAAUCAUUCGUGAAGAAGGGAAUACAGAAAAGUGAGUCAGAAGAAAGAGGAUCGAUAACUGAAGAGCCAAAAAAGCAGACAGGGAAAAUGAGAGCACAACAAAAUCAUAACGGAAGUAGCAAGGAGAAGGAAGAACCCCUUACCAUUGUGCUUUCCAACCAAACGCACAUAGAAAAAAUAACCAAAAAUCGCUACAUAAUGGGCUAUAUUUUUAAAGAGAGCUACGAAAAGACUUCUGAAAUAUUCUUUUACCUCUCCCUUUUUGUAAGUAACAUCGUUUCGAAUUUGUUCUACCCCAGUGUGGAUUACACCCAUAUAUUUACAAAUGCGCUUCUGAAAAAGGAAAAAAAAAAGAUAAGAAGGUUUAUACUAAAUAACGCACAAAAAGUGAUCAACCAAAAAGGGGAACCAAGUAAAGGUAACACAUUCGAGUUGUGGAAUUUCUGGUACAGCAAUUUCCACAAGUACAUUUCUCUUAAAGUUAGAAGCACUUUCAUUAUAAGGAAGGAAGAAAGCAAAUUGAAAACAUCCAAUUUAAAUAUCUUCUCAGACUUGAUAAAAAUUAUAAAAAAUUUGAAUCGGAGUUUGUAUUACAUUUUUAUAAACCUGUUUCAUAUGGAAUAUUUUAAUCUCUUCAUUAAUGUAAAGAAUCAAGGGGAGAAAAAGGAGCAUGCUAAGCAGAGAGGGAGAAACUUAACUGGAGAUUAUACAACGAACAUUAGAGAAAUGAAAGAAGCUAAUUUGAAGACAUGUAUAACCUUUGUAAAGUACAUAUUUCUUAUGUUCAAUAAUCUAUUUAGCAUUUGCACAAGUUUGUUCGACCGGGGAGUUCCAAACGGGGAGUUCGCGCAGAAUUCCAUUUCGACCAAGGUGGAAGUAGAGGAGUCCCUUUUAAAUGAAGACCUAAGUUUUGUGAUCAACGAGGUGAUGGUUUUUCUCGAAAAUGUUGUCGUCCUCCAUAGCUACUUUAGUUUGUUUGACUUCAGAAAACCCGCUAUGGAGAAGAACCAUUGGGAAAAUAAGCGAUAUCGAAAGGGAAGAAGGGCCAUAGAAAGUUACUACAUAGAUAUACACAAGACGCUGCUGAAAAGGACUUACGGAAAAUCCCCCAGUAGAUCAAACUAUGCGUACUACCGAAAAAUAAUCCAGCUGGUUUUGCACAUGAUACGUAAAAAAUGCUACAAUGAAAAUAAGCACUUUGGUUAUAUCUUCCUAAAUAAGCUAAUUACGGUUUAUCAUUUUUUGGAAGGCACCAGCAGAGCAAAGGUGUAUUUGUAUAUAUAUGAGUUGUUGAGAAUGACUAAGAGGAACCCCCUUGAGUCUUUGCUAAAUCAGGUCCUUUGA